AUGAAUAAAUCUUUUAAUGCAUCAAAAGUCAAACUAAAAAAGUUAAAUGAUUUAUUCGUAAAUGCAACUAAUAACACGGACAUUUGUCUCGAUAAGGAGAAAAACGUAUCCAUAGACCCAAAUGCCAUCAUCAUACCAAAUGAUAAUGUAACCAAACUUUACAAUGGUGAGACCAAUUAUAUACAAAAAAUUGAUAACAUCGAAGAGAAAGAAAAUGAUGACGAAUUAAAAUUUGUAACGGAUAAAACACAAAGCAUACCUAUCAUAGAUCCAUCUUACAUAAGAGAACGAAACUUUAGUGAAAAAAACAAAUACGUAGAUACAAGUUUUGUUAAUAAUUUGGACAAAAUAUCUACAGAUGAUGUAGGUUUGAGUCGUUUGAACAAUUAUGAAAAAAAAUAUAAUUCGACUUAUGAAAAUGAAAGAAAUUAUUCAAAUAACCAAUAUAUAAAUGCAACAAAUGAAUAUUACAUAACUAAAUCGGUGGAAGAAAAAAUUCCUAACACAGGAAUACCUACUGAAAAUUUUGUUUAUAAUAAUGAUGUGUUGCAAUACGAAGAUAGCAUGAAAAAAUGGACCAGUAAUAGCAGAUAUUUGUAUUUCAUUGAGAAAGAAAAAGAAAAGGCUGAAAAACAGAAAGAAACAAAGUUAAAAAAUAUAAGUCUUAAGGAUUCCAUUCUCCCAGAUAAAUAUGAAAAAAUGCUUUUAAAACAUGAUUUUAUUAGUGAUAAAACAAAAACGGAUAAUUUAAUAUUAGAUGUGUUAAAUAAUAAAUUUGAAGAUGAUGCCCAGACAUAUGAUAAUACAAAACCCAAAGAGGAAAUUAAACCUGACAACCUUGAAAUGAAGCAAUCGAAUAAAGUUGGAAAAAAUGAAAGCCUCAAUCUUGUUAAAAAAAAAAAAAAAAAUACUAAAUGUAAUAGAUAUGUCAUUUCCGAUUAUUUGCAUUAUCACAAUUACUUUAAUAAUGAUAUAAAUUGUUCACAUGAAUCAGCAUCAGAUAGUUAUAAACAUACGUCUCAAAAAAAUAAUAACAAUAUCAUAUGUAAAUCAAUAAACAAAAGAGAAUUCGAUAACGACCGUUAUGACAAUAAGGAUGAAGAAAAUACAAGCAUAGAAAAAAUUACUCACUUUAUUCCCGAUAAUUUCGCUAUGAACAUAUUUUUGCCUCAAGAGCAAAGUACCAAAAAACAUGAUAUUUCCCUCAACGACAAUGUGGAACCCGUUUUAAAAAUAAAAAAAAAAAAAUGGAAUAAAAAAAAAAUAAAAUUUGAAAAGGAAUUAUUACAAAAGUAUAACUAUGUAGACAGUUAUUACUCCCACGGAUAUUGUACACGAAUUGCUAAUAAUUUAAUGAAAUCAUUCAAGAAAGAGCGGAUUACCAUUUACGACAUUAAAAAGAAAGAAGAUAUUAUAGAAGAAGAAAAUCUUAGAAAAAUGAGGUUAAAUAAUUUACUGCGUCUGUCUGAAAAUACUAUAGAUGAAGAAAAUAAUGAUGAACAAGAAAUGGAACACAAAAAAGAAGAAAGUUAUAAAAGUGAUAGCUACAUUUCUUUUGAUGAUAUAGACAAUAGGAGUAUAACUAGUUUAAAAGAAAAAUACAAAAAAAUGAAAAAAAGUGAUAAUGACCAUGAAAGAGAUUUAAAGAAAUUAAAAUUUUAUUUAUGUAAAAGAUUAAAGAAGAAAAAAUACAUUAAAAAGCCUAUGAAUAUAAAGAAAGAAAAAUCUAAAAAAGAGAAAAUCAAAAAAAUUGUGAAAUAUUCAACACAAGCCGGCUACAAUCUUCUAGCUCAAUUACAGAAAGGAGAAUUAAAAGAAGAGAGCGAAGAAGAAUCAGAAUUAAGCGAAUUAGAAGAAGGAGAAUUGUUUGAUAAUCAGGAUAGGAACACCGAGGAUCUUAAUAGUUCUGAAUAUACUUAUUCUUCUUUAACAAUUUCAUAUUCUGAAUAUUUAGAUAUACGAGAAGUAUACUAUAAUGACAAUUCUUAUGAAAAAAUAUUUUACCCUAAGGAUCCCCAAAUAAAUGUUACUUACAUUUACGAUAUUGUGGAUUUUUAUCUUAUUUCUAAAGGAACGAGAUCGAAUAAAAGGCAUAUGCUCAUGGAAAUACUCAUAUUCAGCAUAAAAUUUUAUGAAAGAAGCAAUUUUAUAAAAGAAGAAGAUUUAUCAUACUUAUUCGAAUUAAAUGAACAUUGGAAAAUAACUAUCGAAAAAAAAAUGGGUGAUAUAGUCGAAUUAGUUGUAAAUAUGAAUAAUAAUGAGAAUCACAAUAGCUUUUGUAUAUCUGGUGAUAAAAAUAAAAUAAUAUUAAUUUAUAAUAAUCUAACCCAAAGAAUGUUAUUAGCUAAAUAUAUUAAAUAUUUAAAUCAUAUAUCAUCUGGCACUAUUGACAAUGCAGCUGCAUUUUUUUUAUGUAAAACUAAUACAUUAGAUUUAAGAAAUGCCCAAUAUGAUAAAGUUGCAGAUUCUAUGAUAUGUUCCCAUUUAAUAAAUUUAAAAAAUAUUGAUAAUAUAGAUAUAUCAAAUAGAUCAAUGAAUAUUGAAAAAUUGUGUGAAUUUUUAUCUAUUCCAAAUAUUAAACAAUACAGCAUAUUAAAUAUAUCAAAAAAUCCGUUAUUUUUAUAUUUAUCAUUUGAUAUAAAUAAAAAAGACAUAGAUUAUCUUAUAGAUAUUUUUAAGACAAACACAAAAUUAAAUAAAUUAAUUAUAGAUUUUGUUAAUUUAUCAAGUCCAUUAGGCGAAUAUUUUAUUACAAGUUUAUUAUUAAAUACAAACAUAACCUUUUUAAGUUUAAUGAAUUGUAAUAUUGGAUCAGCUAAUAUAACAAAUAUAAUAAAUGUUUUGGAGGAUCAAAAAGUAAACAUGAUAUAUCCUAUAAACUAUCUAAAUAUCGAAUUUAAUAAUUUAACUUAUUAUGAUAUAAUAUCUUUAAUUAAAGCGUUAUGUGCAUUAAAUAAAAAUUUUAAAAAGUUAUAUAUAUGUGGAAAUCUAGUUCAAGAAAAUAUUUUUGAUGUAUCAUUUGAACUUAAAAGAAAAAAGAAAUUUAUUGAAAUGGACAAAUAUAAUAAGCAUGUACCAGAUAUAUUUCACUUUGAUAAUAUUCACGAUAUUAAGAAUCACCUUUCUCGUAAUUUUAGGGGCACUGCUGUGCUGAUAGAAAACUCCAAAAAUUCCAAUGUCACCUUUGAGUUAUAUCUUAAGUAUUUAUAUAUUAUUGGCCCAGAAGAAAGAUUAUAUAUAAUUAGAAAAUCAAUAACUAAUAAAACUCGAAAUCAAAUCGUUUUGAAUAUCAUAGCUUUACAUGAUAAAAAAGAAGUAAAAAUACAACUAAUCCUUUUCAGUGAAAAUCACAGCACGGUAUUUAAUAAUUUAAUUAAAAAAAGUUUUCAUGCCGAAAUGUAUUAUAAUCACCAAGUUAAUGCCAACAAAGUCGUAAAUGAAAAUAUUUUAAAUUAUUUUUCCACGAGAAUUAAAAAUGAAUUGAAUUUUUAUCACUACAACGUCACGGCCGAAGAAAUUCAUUAUGUUUUGGAUCUGUGCCAAAAAAAUUUCAUAAAGAAUAUAAACCUUAGUUACUGUUAUUUAACGAAUGAUGAUAUCUUAUAUUUCAAUACAAUCAAAAGUGAUCCCUAUAAAAUAAAUGUUUAUAAUAUUUCUUUAAGUAACAAUUUAUUUACUUCCGAUAUACAAAUAAGUCAACUAAUUAAAUUUAUUUCCAACUUUUCAAUUUAUUUUAAAAUCAAUCUAAGUAACUUGAAUAUAGGAGCCAACACAUUAGUAUAUAAACUCUUUGUUUCCAUUUUAAAUAAUACGAAAUCCAAGAUUAUCAUGAUGGAUAAUUGCAAUUUAGGAAACUCGUUUUUAUUCAAUGUAAAUAAGAAUAUUAAUGAUAUAGAUACAAAUGAUUACUUAAACAUUUUGUCGAUACAAUAUAAUGAAUUUAAUAAUAAAAAGGAAACGGUAAAUUUUUUAAAUAAUAUAAUUUUAAAAUGUAAGCGUAUCAAAAAAAUCAAAAUAUUUUCCAAUUAUUUAACUGAAGAUGUUCCAUUUAUGACAAAAUAUAUAAUUAAAAAAAAUAUAGUUUCAUUCGAAAAUACUUAUGAUAUAUCAUUAUCACAUAAACGUAAUAGAAAAUUUACAAAAAUAUCAAAAAAAAUUAAUAAUAUAGAUUAUAAUACUGAGUUGACACCCGAUGAAAUGAAAAAAAUUACAGAAUUUUUUCAAAAAGAACAAAGAAAUGGCAUAAAUGAUAACAAACAGAACUACCCAUUAAAAGAUCGUUACCGUUUAAGUGACAUUAAAAUCAAAAAUAUUAAGAAUUCUUUUAUUAAAAAGUAA